AUGAGCCCCCUCCGUACUCCCCUCCCAGCCAAAGGGUUUCCCAACGACCCUGUAUUUGCCCACCUAGUGCACGCCGCAGCCCAAGCUAACAAAGCCAUCAUCCGCGAUCCACGCCAGAAUAUCGAAGCAGACUAUGUCCGAUUCCUUAGAGAUAUCCUGCAUUUCCGUCAUCAGAUCUCCAGUGUCCUCCCACCGGUUGUCCUAGACGACAAUGGAAUGAUCAAUGAUAAUAACACCUACAUCUGCCUCUCCGCACCCUCGAGCUAUCAAUUCCUCGUAGCUCUCUUCGCCAUAUUUGCAGUUGGCGGCGCGGCAGUUCUACUAUCACCCAAUACCCCCCCAGAGGAAAUCACAACCCUGGCCCACAAAUGCAACGCCCAGGCCAUCGCAUUCGCCCCCGAGCACCGAAUGCUCAUCGAGGCGACCCGAAACCACGCAAAAGCGAAAUUAGACAUGGACAUACUCCCCAUCGCCAUCACACUGAACGAAAACGACAACAGCAGCAUCAACCCCCGCAUCGCCAUCGAAAACGAUAUCAGUUUCCCCACAGAGCGCCCGGCCCUCGUCCAAUUCACCUCAGGUACAACCGGCACCCCUAAAGGCGUCGAACAUGCCCGUCGAUUCUUCCACCACCAGGUGGAAGUCUACUUCGGCUGCCCGAUGGGCGAAGCGAACAAUCUGGAACAUAUGCUCGGCCCUGAUGCCGUGUAUCUCUCCUACCGCUCGUUCCAUUGGGGCGGGGGUAUUCGAAACGCCACGGCGGCUAUUUUGGCGGGCGUUUGCACCGAGAUCUAUAACCUUGAUGCCACUCCCAGUGGUAUGUGGGAGAGGUUGAGGAAGGGAGAUGUGCGGUUCCUAAUCUGCUGGGCUGCGAUGUGGACGCAGAUGAAGCGGUAUUAUGAAGAGAAUUUGGCUGGUUUGCCGGCGGCGGUGUUGGAGGAAUACGUUAAUGGGGCGAGGGGGCUUCGGUUGGCGAAAUCGGAUUCGAACCUGCUUACGCCUGCUGUGAAGCGGUUCUGGGGUGAUGUUCUUGGGGUGCCGAUUGGGGUCAACUAUGCUGCUACGGAGACGAGCAUUAUGAUGGCUAAAUCGCAUUUGUCGGAUGGGGAGAUUGGUGAGAGAAGCAUAGGCGUUCCUCUUACGGGGGUCUCUAUAAAGCUGUCUGAAGGGGACCAUGGGGAGAUUCGUGUAAAGACACCGCUUGUUUUCUCUCGAUAUAUCGGAGACCCGGAGGCGACGCGCGCUGUGUUCGAUGAAGAGGGCUACUAUAAGACCGGGGAUUUGGGUCAUUUCGAUGGAAAGCAGUACACCAUUGAUGGUCGCGUAUCACAAAACUUCGUGGUUUUCGACGGACGUAGGGUUCCCACCCUGGAAGUCGAAGAGAAUCUGAUGGCACUACCCUAUAUCACGGAAGCCUACGUAGUUGGAGUCUCAGAUGCGGAAGUUAUGAACCGCACUGCCGUCCUAGUCCGUGUCAAAGAAGGGAAGACUCUUAGUCUCCAUAGCCUGAGGGCGGAUCUGACAGGGAAACUUGCUGAACACAAAUUACCGACUCUUCUUCGGAAGCUAGAUGUCAAAGAAGAAGUUCCUAAGACACAUUCGGGGAAAUUUGAUGCGCGAAAGGCCCCGAGCGUGUUCUUCCCGCAAUCGGUAGAGGGAAAUAUCCGGGAUUUACCACAGGAAGUGGAAGUUUGGAAUUUGAGGUGA